GCGCGCGCCGCGGGCUCCAUGAGGGCGCUGCGGGCGGUGCUGGGGUUCGGGCUGCUGGCCGCCGGCUCGCACCUGCCGCGCGUCCGGGGCCCGGCCGCGGUCUGCCGCGCGGGGCCGGCCUGGUGGGGGACGGGGCGGCCGCAGUCGGGCGGCCGCGGGGACCCGGCGCCCAUGGCGAGCCCGGCGGUGAAGUACCUGAGCCAGGAGGAGGCCCAGGCCGUGGAUCAGGAGCUGUUCGGCGAGUACCAGUUCAGCGUGGAUCAGCUGAUGGAGCUGGCGGGGCUCAGCUGCGCCACAGCCAUCGCCAAGGCCUACCCGCCCAAGUCCAUGUCCCGGAGUCCCCCCACGGUCCUGGUCAUCUGCGGGCCCGGGAAUAACGGAGGAGACGGCCUCGUGUGCGCCCGGCACCUCAAGCUCUUUGGCUACCAGCCAACCAUCUAUUACCCCAAAAGGCCUAACAAGCCACUCUUCACCGCACUGGUGACCCAGUGCCAGAAAAUGGACAUCCCCUUCCUUGAUGAAAUGCCCGCAGAGGCCAGGCUGAUCGACGAGCUGUACGAGCUGGUGGUGGAUGCCAUCUUUGGCUUCAGCUUCAAAGGUGACGUCCGGGAGCCAUUCCGCGGUGUCCUGAGCGUCCUGGGCGAGCUCACCGUGCCCGUCGCGAGCAUCGACAUUCCCUCAGGCUGGGACGUGGAGAAGGGGAAUCCGGGGGGGAUCCAGCCGGACUUGCUCAUCUCCCUGACCGCACCCAAAAAGUCUGCAGUCCACUUCACCGGCCGCUACCACUACCUGGGAGGUCGUUUUGUGCCUCCUGCUCUGGAAAAGAAGUACCAGCUGAACUUGCCACCCUACCCUGACACGGAGUGUGUCUACCGUCUGCAGUGACGGAGCUGGGCAGCUGCCCCUCCCAAUAAAGACUCUGUGGCCUCUCA